AGAAUUUAACUGUAACCUCCUAGCAUUUGUUUACUUCCGCGCAAAUUCAAACCAAUUUUUCCGUUCUUAUGUUCUUCAUAUGCUAUUAAAAACUUUUAUGUCAUAAUGAGACCAGUACGACCUAAAACACCAAGGAAGACAGUGCCAAAGUCUAAAGCUUCAGCAAAAGACCCCAUUCUAGUUUAUUGCCGUAUCAGACCUUUAGAAAAUUCUUUUGAUCAAGUUUGCAUUAAGGCAAAAGAUGAUACAACUGUUGCUCUCUUUCCUCCUGAUAUUUCUCAGAAUGCAAAAUCUUUCAAAGAAAUUCAUUACACAUUCCAAUAUGUAUUUCCUGAAGCAACAACUCAAAAGGAACUCUUUGAAAAUGUUGCUUAUCCAUUAGUACAAGACCUUCUGAAUGGCAGCAAUGGUUUGUUAUUUACAUAUGGGAUUACUUCAUCGGGGAAAACUUACACAAUGGCUGGAACUCCACAAGAUGGUGGUCUUUUGCCAAGAACACUUGAUGUCAUUUUUAACAGCAUUAAGGAUUACCAAGCUGUCAAAUAUGUAUUCAAACCCGAUAAACUUAAUGGCUUUGAUGUACAAUCCAGAAAUGAAGCAUUGUUUGAUCAACAAAAAGAAAUUUGCAAAACUCCAAAAACUCCUAAAAGGAGAGAAAAUGUUGGUGAAUGGUCUCAAAGAAUUGCAGAUUCUACCAUUAUUGAUGAUGUCUGUCCUGAUAUGAACUAUGCAGUGUUUAUAUCAUAUGUGGAAAUCUACAACAAUUAUAUUUAUGAUCUGUUAGAAGAUGCUACUUUUGACCCAAAGCGGAAGAACUUCAAUUCAAAGAUGUUGCGUGAAGAUUCUGCUCACAAUAUGUAUGUCUUUGGAGUUGUUGAAAAUGAAGUAAAAACAGUGGAUGAAGCUUUGACUCUCUUCUGUAAAGGACAGCAAAAAAGGAAAGUAGCUAACACAGCUCUAAAUACUGAAUCAAGUCGUAGUCAUAGCAUUUUUACUAUCCGAGUUGUUCAAGCUCCUUUGGAUCCUCAAGGUGCCGAGAUAUUACAGGAUAAAGAUCAAAUUAUAAUAAGUCAACUGUCUCUUGUUGAUCUUGCUGGCAGUGAACGGCCUCUCAGAACUAGAAAUACUGGACAAAAAUUACGAGAAGCAGGGAACAUAAAUAAUUCUCUAAUGGCUCUAAGAAACUGUAUUGAAGCUUUAAGAGAUUCACAAACCCAAGCCUGUUCAAAGAUGAUCCCUUAUCGAGAGAGUAAACUGACACAUCUAUUUAAAACCUAUUUUGAAGGAGAAGGGAAAAUAAGGAUGGUUGUCUGUGUAAAUCCUCGUGCUGAUGAUUAUGAUGAGAUAGUUCAUGUCAUGAAAUUUGCUGAGAAGACACGUGAUGUCUUGAUCUCUCGCCCAACACCAAUAUCUACUCCAAUUUCCUUAGCUUUGAAACCAGGAAGAGGAAAUAUCUAUAAAGAAGCUGUUAAAAGAGCUAAAGAACAAGGAGUUCAUGUGACUGAAGUGCUUGGUCCUGUUGUUUACACUUUGGGUCCAGAUUUCCCUCCAUUAACAAUACACCUUUUUGAUGAUGAAUCUGUGUAUAAUAAUUUAAUUGAUUUUCUUGAGAGCCGAAUAGCUCGACGAAAUGCUUUUAUUCUAGACAUUACUCGAAGACAAGAUGAAUUUAGAAAUAAUUUACAAGCUAUUGACAAGGAAAAUGUUCAAUUGAAACAAGAAAAGACAAUUUUACAAAUGGAUUUAGAUGCUCGUGAAGAACAAGUGCGUGGCUUGGAGAGGAAGCUGUCUUCAACUGAACAGAGUUAUGAAAUCCUUGCACACCAAUAUCAAGAGGCUCAAAAUCAGAUUCAAAAUUUUCAAUUUGAGUUGGAUAGCAGAGAAAGAAGAAUUGUAGAUCAAAGUAAAGAAAUCGAGCAUGUUAAAAUAAGAAUGCAAGAAAAAUUAGCAACAGAAAAAGAUCGUUUAAAAAGAAUAAUGGAAAGAAGAUUAGCAGCAAAACAAGCAGAGCUAGAAAGAAAAAUGUGUUUAACUGAUGAAAAGUUCCGGCAGUUAAGAGAAAUUUUGAAUGCUGAUGAUUGGGAAUAUAUUGGAGAUGUUGGUGUACCACCUAUACCUCCUAGUGUAACUUCAACAGCUACUUCAGAAUCGUCAGCACCUGAAUCCCAUCGGCCUAAGAGGCGAUCUUUAGAUGAACCCUUAGCAUCAAAUGCAAAGUUCAGCAAAACAAAAUCCGAGCUUGAUUUCCGUUCAACCAGACACAAUACUCCUCAAUCCAGUCAACAGGCUUCAAAAAAUGAAUUUGAUGAUCUUUUUGCUAAAGAAAACAAACCUCCAAGUUCAUCACAACGGAGUGUUGCCAUUGCAAAUCUCCGCCACCGAAGAUCUCAGUCUAGUUCAGGUGUCUGGAUUGAACACAAACCACUAGAAAAUCUUCCAUUAACUACAGUUUUACAGCCAACAAUGAAAAAGAAGAAAUCAGUAAGUAAGCUGAAUGUAAAAGAUGUUACAAGUGCAGAUGUUUCAAAAUAUGUUUUGCAACAUCAAGAACAAGAUUCGCAGGGUGAAGUGGAAACUCAGUUAUACAAGGGUGAUGUGAUUCCUUCAGCAGGUGGAGGAGCUCAAGUAGUUUUCAAUGAUGUUGAAAAACUGAGACAAGAAUCGCCUCCUACAUCCUAUAAUUUAAGGAAAAGGAGUGGAGACAGUGUACCACUUAGAGAAGUUGAAGAUAGAUGCACAGUUUCAGUUGAGUGCCAUGGAUAUCCGUCCAAGAUCCUGAAGAAAAAGCGAUCGAAUUGAGGUGCUUCUGUAUACAACUAUUCAUUAUGUUUGGUCUUUGAAUGUAUAUCAUCCUCGAAAAUAUAUUUUGUGGUUUUGGUACUUACUUCUAGAACAUUUCAGCGACCUGAUUUUCCAAAAGGACAUUAUUUUGCUUCGUGUUGGCAUUUAUAGCUAGAUGUUAUGUAUCAAAAUUUAUUUUUAAUUUUAUCAAUACUUGUAUAAUUGUGAA